AUGUGCUCACACGGGACGCACACGGCUCUCCAUGACUCGGGUCCGGGGCUAGCCACCACCGCAACACCGUACCCCGUGCGAGCUCCGGGCCCGGUCGGCAAGAAGAUCACCUCGUUAUACAAGAAGCGCUUGGUCAAUUUUUUCACCCCGGGACAGUGGGAAAAGGUGAACUUGCUGGCCGCCCUGAACCGUGGCGUGUACACCGGCUCGCCACACGUCAAGCUGUCCGUCUGGGACGCACCCGGCACAUCGCGUCCGACUUUCUCCGAGGCCACAUCUGCCUCAAACUCACACCGGGAAACGCAGGUCGGCGAGUCUUUCGGCCCCUCUUGGACAACACACUGGUUCAGAUGCGCGCUCACUCUGCCCGAAGCGCUCUGCAAGAAGGAUGCCCACGUCGAGCUCCACUGGGACUGCAGCAACGAAGCCACGGUCUGGACGGCCGAUGGCAACCCGCUCCAGGGGCUGACCGGCCGCGGCGAGCGCGUCGAGUGGGUGGUCCCGGCGUCGUUCAAGGAUGGCAAGGAGCACGUCAUCUACCUCGAGAUGGCCUGCAACGGCAUGUUUGGCAACGGACCGGGCCGUCCGAUCUUCAAGAACAACGCUGGCGGAGACUCCAUCCAGCCGCCCGACCAGAACAAGUACUUCCAGCUAUCCAAGGCGGAACUUGUCGCCGUCAACUACGAGGCGAGGAUGCUGCAUGUCGACUUCGGCAUCAUCCACGAUGCGGCAACUGAGUUGCCCGAAGACUCAUGGGAGCAGCACGAGGCGCUCAAUGUGGCGAGUAGGAUUAUCGAUACGUUUCGAGUCGGUGACGACAGCUCUAUCCUGGCGUGUCGCAAGAUUGCUGCUGAGUAUCUUGGAGACCAGAUCAAUUCGGCAGCAGUCUAUGAGAGCCAAUUAUUUCAUUGGCUGAAAAAGCUCUAUCCGUACGGGUGGGAACGCGUCAAGGCAAAGGUCAAGUCCGGGCAGUUCCAUCCCAUCGGCGGAUCUUGGGUUGAACACGAUACAAAUCUGCCCUGCGGUGAGUCGCUCGUCCGCCAAUUCCUCUACGGCCAGCGCUUCUUCGAAGCUGAGUUCGGGAUCCGAUCGACUACGUCUUGGCUGCCGGAUACGUUUGGCUUUUCCUGCCAAAUCCCCCAGAUCUGUCGACUCGCUGGCAUGACGAGAUUCAUGACGCAAAAGCCGUGCUUCAACAGUGUCAAUGAGUUUCCCCACACCACUUUCAACUGGGUGGCGCUUGACGGCAGCCAGGUGAUUUGCCACAUGCCGCCGUGCAAGACGUACACCGCCGAGGGCAACUAUUUGGAUAUCACACGAAGUAUAUCCAACCACAAGUCCCUAGAUCAGGACAACACUGCUCUGAUGGCUUUUGGAAAGGGAGAUGGCGGAGGCGGCCCGACAUGGCAACACAUGGAAAGGCUGAGACGGCUCCGAGGAUUGGCCGACACCAUGGGAGUCAUCCCCCGCGUUCACGCCGGGGCGACUGUCGACCAAUUCUUCGACCGCCUCGAGACAAAGGCCUCCUCGCUCGUGACUUGGUACGGCGAGCUGUAUUUUGAGCUCCAUCGUGGCGUCUACACCACGCAAGCCCGUACAAAACUUGAGAAUCGAACCUCGGAAAUCCUGUUGCACGACAUCGAGUUGCUGGCAACCAUCGCUUCUAUCCAGGACAAAGACUACAAGUAUCCCAAGAAGGAGCUGGACGAACUCUGGCAGGGCCUGAUGCUUUGCCAAUUCCACGAUUGCUUGCCCGGGACUGCGAUUGAGAUGUGUUACGACGACUCGGACAAGGUGUAUGCCAACGUGAAACAGACCGGAAAUUCGCUCCUGCAGCGUAUUUUCCAAAGCUUGGGUAUCGAAAGUCUCAAGGAAGUGGGAACCCAGAAUUUCGACAAUGUCAUCGCUCUGAACACAUUGCCUUGGCCACGCAAGGAGCUGAUAGCAACGUCGAAGACGGAGGCCGUUAUCGCGUCAGGUCAAGGCCAUGCGCUAGCAGUGCAAUCAAUCAAGACCUCCGGCGAUGGCGUGGGUCUAGUCGCUGUGAAGGAGACUACCAAGGGUGUCUUCCAGCUCGAAAACGAUGACCUCACGGUAAAGAUUGAGCACGGGUGCAUCACGUCGAUCUAUGACCGAAAAGCACGACGAGAAACAGUGUGCGGUAAGGCAAACCAGUUCGUCGUCUUCGACGACAAGCCGGUCUACUGGCAGGCAUGGGACGUAGAAGUGUACCACCUGGAGACCCGCGAGGAGCUGGUGAACUCGACGACCAAGAUCCAUGAGGACAAGGGCUACAGAGCGAGUGUCGUUGUGGAGACGCGCAUUAGCGAAGCUAGCUCUAUGAAGACUGUCAUAUCGCUGACAGCUGCCCUCGACGGGCAGCCCUCGUUCGUCGAGUGCUCGGCAGAUGUCGACUGGCACGAGACGAUGAAGUUCCUCAAGGUCGAGUUCCCUGUGCAGGUUCGCAACACUGAGGCUUCGUACGAGACACAGUAUGGUAUUAUCAAGCGCCCGACUCACUACAAUACCUCAUGGGACAUGGCCAAGUUUGAGGUCUGUUGCCACAAGUUUGCCGAUCUCUCGGAGCACAAUUAUGGUGUGUCCAUCCUCAACGAUAGCAAGUACGGCUUCACCACGGUGGGCAACGUCAUGCGUCUAUCACUGUUGAGGUCGCCCAAGGCACCCGAUGGCAACGCGGAUAUGGGGCAGCACCGAAUCCGCUGGGCCAUCAUGCCUCAUCAGGGCAGUCUCGGUGCCCAAAUCGUCCAGACCGCAUUCAACUUCAACAACCCCAUGCGUCUAGUUGCAGCUCCCAGUGGCAAGUCCUCCAUCUUGUCGCAAACCCCUAUCACUCUUACGGGUGACGACAAUCUUGUCCUGGACUGGGUCAAGCGCGGCGAGGAUGACGAAGACGUGUCACAGGACAAUUUGCCAAAGAGGAAGGGGAAGAACGUUAUUGUGCGAAUCUAUGACGCUCUGGGUGGUAUGGGAAGAGGAAAGAUCAAGGCUGCGUAUGCAGUCGAGAAGGUAUUUAAGACCAACAUUCUCGAAGAUGAUUUGGAGGAAAUUUCGGUGCAUGAUGGAGCGUUCGAAGUCACCUUGCACCCGUUCGAGGUUGCUACUUACCGCUUAAAAGUGGCAUACACGCGUCAGAAAAUGAGCACCGGACAAGAUCAUGAUAUAAGAAGCGAACUACGCAAUCUCAAGGUCCUCCAAGGUCCCUUCAUAGAGUGGGAUGCCGCCGCAUUUCCGCCCACGCCUCAAGAAGCAUUUGGAACAUGGCUCAACGAAGCCGUCAAAGCUGGAGUAAAGGAGCCGCACGCCAUGACGCUGUCCACGGUCGAUGGUCAGGGCCUCCCGGAUGCCCGAGUCUUGAUCCUCAAGAACGUCGACCACCGCGGCUGGCACUUUGCCAUCAAGGCCGACAGCCCCAAGGGACACCAGCUGGCGAGCCGCGGCCACGCAGCCCUGACGUUCUACUGGCCGGACCAGGGCCGCCAGGUCCGAAUCCGCGGGAAGGCGAUCCAGCUCCCGGCGGAAGAGUGCGAGCGCGACUUUACGGAGCGCCCCGUGUCCUCAAAGGUCGCCGCUCUCGGAUCGAAGCAGAGCCAGAAGCUCCGGAAUGAGGCUCAGCUUGAGAGGUCUAUGGAUGCGGCAAAGGAGACUUUCGACAAGGACCCUGAUUUUGUUUUGACGAGUUGGAAGGUUUUUGCCGUCGACCCGAGUGCGGUCGAGUUUUGGCAAGGUGCUAGCAGUCGGCUUCACAAGAGAAUGCAGUACACACGCACGGCCGCGGGCGGUGCUUGGGAGAGGAAUCUCCUCUGGCCUUGA